AUGGCCAAAAAACGAUCAAAGAAGAGAACCCAUGCGGGCGCCAACAACCCCGCUAAUGCGGCUGCCAUCAAUGGCCACGCAAAUUCAAAAGACCCAAAGAGCAUGGUGAUUCGGAUAGGGGCCGGUGAGGUUGGAAGCAGCAUUAGCCAGCUCGCCGCCGAUGUUCGACGGGUCAUGGAGCCGGGUACAGCCACACGCCUCAAGGAGCGGAAGGGAAACCGACUACGGGAUUAUGUGACCAUGUGUGGUCCGCUCGGCGUCACCCACCUGCUCUUAUUCUCGAGAUCCGAAUCUGGGAACACCAACCUGCGUCUUGCAGUUGCACCACGCGGUCCGACCUUUCACUUCCGUGUCGAGAAGUACUCCUUGACCAAGGAUGUACGGAGGGCGCAAAGGCAUCCCAAAGGUGGUGGAAAGGAAUACAUCACUCCCCCUUUACUCGUCAUGAACAACUUCAGCAGCCCCUCUGCCGACGCCAACUCGAAAGUCCCCCGUCACCUCGAAUCCCUUACCACGACCGCGUUUCAAUCCCUGUUCCCGCCGAUCAACCCCCAGACCACACCCCUCAAGUCGAUUAGGAGAGUGCUGCUCCUGAACCGCGAGCAAUCGGACGAUGGAACUUUCAUCGUCAAUUUCCGCCACUACGCCAUUACAACAAAGUCGGUUGGGUUAUCAAAGCCCCUGCGGCGUCUCAACGCUGCGGAGAAGAUGCUUAAAUCCAAGAAGGGGAAGAAGGGCGGCCUCCCCAACUUGGGGAAGCUAAAGGAUAUCUCCGAGUUCAUGAUCGGUGGUGAGGAUGGCGAGGGCUACAUGACAGACGGUACCAGUGGCAGCGAACCGGACACUGAUGCUGAGGUGGAGGUUCUCGAGGAGACGGCUAAGAGGGUUCACAGCGGGAAACUCAGAGCGGCCAAGCAAGAUAGCGAUGAGGAUGAGGAAGGCGGCAACGACAAUGUUGAACGGCGUGCGGUUAAGUUAAUCGAACUGGGGCCUCGGAUGCGGCUUCGUAUGUCCAAGGUCGAGGAGGGAAUCUGCUCGGGCAAGGUCAUGUGGCACGAGUACGUCCACAAGAGCAAGGAGGAGAUUCGGGAGCUGGAGAAGAGGUGGGAACAGCGGAAGAAGGAGAAAGAAGCCCGCAAGAAGGAGCAAAAGGAGAACGUGGAGAAGAAGCGCAAGGCAAAGGCGGGCAACAAGAAGGGCGGAGCCGAGGGGGAGGCGGAUGACGAUGAGAUGGACGUUGAUGAGUACGACAGUGACUUGUAUGAUGACGAUGGGUUUGACAGUGAAGGGCUUGAGGGCGAUGCUGAAGGGGAGGUUAACGCUAGGAUGGAGGAGGAUGGUGGGUGGGAGGAUGAAGAGGAUGAAAUUGCCCAAGGGAAACCCUCGAAGAGGAAGUCUCUGAAGAGGUAG